UCCAUCAAACUAGUCCUUUCAUAAAGUCGACUACAGAUCGGCCAUCCGCGCAGAUCCCAUCCGAAGGACUGUAAAAGGCAUCCUGAAGUGAAUUUUACUUCAUCAAAAUGAAGCGUUUAUGGAUCUUAGGUCUUCUAUGUGCUCUUCUUGCCUUCACAUCUGUGCAGGCAGAAGAUGAUCUUGACAUUGACGGAACCGUGGAGGACGAUCUAGGAAAAAGCAGAGAUGGUUCCAAGACAGAUGAUGAAGUUGUACAAAGGGAGGAAGAAGCUAUUCAACUGGAUGGAUUGAACGCAGCGCAGAUUAAGGAAAUUCGAGAUAAGUCGGAAAAGCAUGCCUUCCAGGCUGAGGUCAACCGCAUGAUGAAGCUCAUCAUCAACUCCCUGUACAAGAACAAGGAGAUCUUCUUGAGGGAGCUCAUCUCCAACGCUUCUGACGCCCUGGACAAGAUCCGCUUGCUCUCGCUGACCAGGGAUGAUGCCUUGGCUGCCAACGAAGAACUGACCGUGAAGAUUAAGGCUGACAAGGAGAAGAACCUGCUCCACAUCACCGACACAGGCAUCGGCAUGACCAAAGAGGAUCUGGUGAAGAACCUGGGAACCAUCGCCAAGUCCGGCACCAGCGAAUUCCUCAACAAGAUGACCGACAUGCAGACAGAGGGCCAGUCCACGUCCGAGCUGAUUGGCCAGUUCGGCGUUGGCUUCUACUCCGCCUUCCUGGUGGCCGACAAGGUCAUCGUCACGUCCAAGCACAACAACGGCACGCAGCACAUCUGGGAGUCGGACUCCAACGAGUUUUCAGUCAUCGAGGACCCGCGCGGAGACACCCUGGGGCGCGGAACUACCAUCACGCUCGUGAUGAAAGAGGAGGCCUCUGAUUACCUGGAGCUGGAGACCAUUAAGAACCUGGUCAGGAAGUACUCGCAGUUCAUCAACUUCCCCAUCUACGUCUGGAGCAGCAAGACGGAAACGGUAGAGGAGCCCAUCGAUGAGGAUGACGAGGCUGCCAAGGAGGAGGCCAAAGAGGAGGACGCCACUGAGGAUGAGGUAGAGGUGGAGGAGGAAGAGGAGAAGGAGGACAAGCCCAAGACCAAGAAGGUGGAGAAGACGGUGUGGGACUGGGAGCUGAUGAACGACAUUAAGCCCAUCUGGCAGCGCCCCUCUAGGGAGGUGGAGGAGGACGAGUAUAAGGCCUUCUACAAGACCUUCUCCAAGGACUCGGACGAGCCCCUUGGUCACAUCCACUUCACGGCGGAGGGAGAGGUCACCUUUAAGUCCAUCCUGUUUGUGCCCGCUGCUGCUCCGCGUGGCCUUUUUGAUGAAUACGGCUCCAAGAAGAAUGACUUCAUCAAGCUGUUUGUACGCAGAGUGUUCAUCACUGAUGAUUUCCACGACAUGAUGCCCAAGUACCUCAACUUUGUCAGGGGUGUGGUGGACUCUGAUGACCUGCCCCUCAACGUCUCCAGGGAGACCCUGCAGCAGCACAAACUGCUGAAGGUCAUCCGCAAGAAGCUGGUGCGCAAGACCCUGGACAUGAUCAAGAAGAUCGCCGAGGAGGUGUACAACGAGAAGUUCUGGAAGGAGUUUGGCACCAACAUCAAGCUGGGCGUGAUCGAGGACCACUCCAACCGCACCCGCCUGGCCAAGCUGCUGCGCUUCCAGACGUCCAACAGCGAGAAGGAGCCAGCCAGCCUGGAGCAGUAUGUGGAGAGGAUGAAGGAGAAGCAGGACAAGAUCUACUUCAUGGCUGCCACCAGCAGGAAGGAGGUAUGGCGAGCCUGAGGUGUCAAAAAGAUUGUGU